CGAAAGUGAUGUUGCAACUAUAGUGCCGCUCGACCCCAGUAUAGCAGCUGCUAGACUUGUCGAGUCGCAGCCCGGCGAAGCAAUGAAACGGAAACGACCUGGAAGAAAGGCCACUUCGGUAGACGACUUUGAGCUAAUCAGGGUUUUGGGGAAAGGAUGCGCUGGCAAGGUGGUGCUGGUGAAACACACAAAGACCGGCGGGCUCUAUGCGAUGAAAGCCAUCAUGAAACGUCACGUUCUAGCGCAUCAAGAGCUGACUCACACGCUUACCGAGCAGUCAGUGUUGCGCCGGAUGUCAUCAACAGAACUUUCCAAUCCGUUCAUCGUCAAACUAUGGUGGUCGUUUCACGAUGUCGAUAACCUGUACCUCGUUUUGGACUUUCUGCCGGGAGGGGAUCUCGCCACACAACUGUCUCGAUGGGGACGACUUGGCAGAGAUCGCGCCCGAUUCUAUACAUGCGAAAUAGUAGAAGGGGUGGAGGCCCUGCACGCUGCCGGUAUCAUAUAUCGCGAUUUGAAACCCGAAAAUAUCCUGCUCGGAGCCGAUGGACACAUCUCCUUGGCAGACUUUGGUCUGGCAGCCGAGUUUCCUGAGAGUAAAGGUCCUUUGGCGGCAGCACCCCCUGGCAGGGAUCAAGCGACUUCAUUCGUAGGGACAGCCGAGUACUUGGCUCCAGAGGUGAUAAAGGGGCUGCCCUACUCGUAUGAGGUAGAUUGGUGGGCACUGGGAACCAUGCUAUACGAGGCGCUCAUCGGCAACACGCCCUUCUGGGUCGACAACCAUGCGGAAAUGUACAUGCGGGUCGUCAACGAAGAGCUGAGGUUCCCCGAAGAUCGUGUGCUGGACAAAGAGACCAAGAGUUUCAUUCGAGGACUGUUGCAGAAAGACCCAGUUUUCCGUCUGGCUGAGCCUCGUAUUCGGAAGCAUCCCUAUUUAGCCAUGGUCGAGUGGGAUCACGUAAAGCACAAACGUUACAUUCCUCCAUACAUCCCGCCGACUGACAAGAAUUUGGAAUACGAUUUUCAAAACUUCGAUGCCAACUUCCUC